AAAGCAGUGAACAGUCAGUCGGUUCGAAGUUGAGAUGUGUUACAAUCGUUGUCUAUGAUGAAUAUGCGGUUCCUACAUUUUUUAUUCAUUUUCGUUCAUAUACUUGUUGUAUCUAAAAUUAAUGCUCAAACAACACAUGAUUCCGAUGGCAGCGUCUGCGUGACGUCUGAUGGUGAAGAUGGAGAGUGUCUGCAGUUGCCUCAAUGCCCACGUGUACUUAGCGCAAUUACACGCGGGAUUCGUAAUCACACUCGCUGCGGAUUCGUAGGCGCAGUGGAACUGGUGUGCUGCGCACAGAAGCCCGGCAUCGCAUCAACUACAAAUGUCAUUUUAAAACUCCACACAUCAACGAUAUUUCCACGGGCCGCCUCGUAUAUUGAGUCUUCCACUAGGGGUACUCAUUGGCACCCCUUUCACGUAGAAGAAAGUGCAGUGUCGACAGUCUGCCCAUCCACAACAACGAUUGCACCCACCACUUCUACAACAGUUAAACCUCGAGAAAACUAUGUCGAGGAGAGCGAGAAUGAAGUUGAAGAUAUUGAUUUGGAUACAAGCGGAGUAAAUGAAGACGUCGAAGACAGACUGUUUCUAGGAAAUAGGGACAAAGACAACAAUAAAAUAUCACCUAGUCUAUUUGCUUUUAACACUCUGACAGGUUUUGUCAAUGCCUUUUUAGGUAAGCCUCCACCUCCCCAACCUAGUCCGACGAAAUUCCCUCCUCUGUUUCGCCCUGUAACGAUACCACCAAGCCAAAUCUACACCUCGCCGAUAAAUGUGUUGCAUAAUGAGCGAAUUGUGACUCGGAAACCAGGAAGCUCCCAUCCACCUACAAUGUUUCCAUUAUCAACUUCCACGCAAAAGCCUAUUUUAAAUAUACAACCAAACGAAAUAAUAACAAACAUACCGAAACCUUCCCAAGAUCCAGUAAGAUAUCCAAAUCCUAUUCCGCCAUGGCCAAGUACAUAUAGUACAAAUUCUCCUGGUAUUAACAUUGUGAGGCCAGAAUACCCUUUCAUCAUGAAACCAUCCCCCUUACCUGAAGUAUCGACAAAGAAGCCAUUUGUCUCAGUUCACAUGCCCUUGACUGAGAAACCCAUUACAGGAGGCAUAAAUAUGCCUAGUGCAUUGCCACGUCCAACACACUCUUCUAGUGAAAACACUUUGGUCGAUAAUGUCGAAAUUUUGUUACCAGAGCCAAGCACAGAGGUCGAAUUUUCAACAAUACCGGAUAUACCUGGUCUGGAACCAGUAGCAACUGAAAUUCCAGCGUGGUCUGAUGCACAGACACUACCACCUGACGUUUUAGUAAUACCUGAUGUGCCGUUUGUUACACCUAUACCAGCAGAUGAUCCUAGUUUGAGUCCAGAUGGAGAUUUUCCCACAUUGGAACCACUAGCAACUGAGUCAUCAUCGGAAAAAAUAUCCGUGGGCACAAAAAGCCAAGAAGGUGGCCCUGGGGUUCCAGAGGCCCCGCCAAGCCCAGCUGACGUGGAUGUGCGGCGGGACACUGCUCAACGAGGAGUACGUGCUCACCGCGGCUCACUGCGUCAAAACACGAUUGUGGCGGUGCGCGACGCCGCCGUGCACCCGGGCUACAGCGCCGCCUCGCGCGCGCACGACGUCGCCCUGCUGCGCCUCGCCACGCCCGUCGCCUUCUCGCAGUUCGUGCACCCGGCCUGCCUGCACGGCGCGCACGCGCCGCCCGCCGGCCAGCUGCUCGUCACGGGCUGGGGCUCCGAUCGACACCAACGGACCAUUUGAAGAGGGCUCUAGUUACACCAGUCGACGAUAGUUCGUGUAAACAAACCUACCCUAAGAUUUUCCGGUCGGAGAUGAUAUGUGCAAGAAGUGAUGAAGUGGAUACGUGUAAGGGCGACUCCGGCGGGCCCAUGCAGUACCUGGAGGACUCCAACAGCACCAUCUACACCGUGGUGGGCGUGACGAGCUUCGGGCCCAACCCGUGCGCCACCGGUCGGCCGGGCGUGUACUCGCGCGUCGCUAGCUACCUGUCCUGGAUCGAGAGCGUCGCGUGGCCCAACUGAGCCAAGGGCACGGAACUAGUGAUGGCAAAUUGUAGCAAAACAUCGAUACAUCACCACAAGGUUGCUACAUUGAUGUUUAAAAUAUCGAUGUU